GGUUUUUCUUUGGUCCUUGCCUUUGAUUUCCAGGCGGUCAAAUGGAUCCAGCGUUUGUUUGCGCUGGAGAUCUCUUUCGGGAAGACAGCGAUGGCGAAGAAUCAGCUGAUGCUGGAUUUGUCGAAAGAGAGCAUUCGUUCCCAGAGAUGACGCUCAAAGUUCGUGAGUUUAUGUUCCACCAAGUCAAUGCGAAUCUGCUUUGGCCCGGCUCGACGAUUUUUGCGCAGUGGCUCGUGGAGCACAGGGAACUUGUCGAGGGCAGUCGGGUGCUCGAGCUUGGAAGUGGAACUGGAGCUCUCGCGAUUUUCUUGAAGAAGUCACUCGCGGUGGACAUCACAACUUGUGACUACGACGACGACGAGAUCGAAGCGAACAUUGCGCACAAUUGCAAGCUCAAUGGCAUGGCUCCAGUCCCUCAUAUCCGCCAUACGUGGGGCGAACGAUUUCCUGCAGAUGCUCCGGCGUGGGAGUUGGUCAUCGCCAGCGACAUUCUCUUGUAUGUCAAGCAGUACCCGAAUCUCGUCAAAACGCUCAAGUUUCUACUAGCCAGUGAUCGAGAUUCACGGAAGCUCCCACUCUCGAGGAAGCCAUGCUUUGUCAUGAGCUGGCGACGACGAAUUCCAAAAGAGGACGAGGCACUGUUCUUCGCCGACUGUGGGAACGCCGGCUUCCAAGUCGAGGAUCUCGGCUCCAGAGUCUACCGCAUCACCGCGUAACUCAAGGUAGAAGAACGCUUCCCUGGUUUGACAAGCGCCAUCUUUAUGUGUGCGCAGGCAAAGCGUAUGACUUCUACUCAAAUUUUCGUCGCGCAACCAAAGUCUCGCGCGAGAAGAAAAAUAAAAAUAAUUCCACCAUCGUGGGAGGAGCAUCAAUGAUCUUCUUUCGUGCUUAGCAGCCUGGAACAAAUUUUCUUCUAGCGAUCGAUCAUUCUUUUAACCUUGUCAUAGAGAAGCAAAGAAAAAAAAAGAAUCCAAUCGGUUUUGUUAAAGAAAAUCCAUGAGAGAUGAGAAUAAAAUUGAAAGCCACGCCA